AGUUAUUUUGGCUCAGCUGUCGAGCACAGCGCGUGGAUAUUGAACAAAUCCCUUGUACACUGCAACUGCGCGUGCUGUGAAACCUCUACACUCGACAAUGUUCGGCAGGAUUGCCUCUGCGCUGGCCUGGCUUGCGUUCGCGCGGGCCCUCACGGGUCAGCAGGCCCAAGAUGCCGCCACGAAGCGUGGGGCUUGCGAUUGCCUCAAUUGGGCAGGGGUCUAUUACGACCAUCUUGCCAUGUGCGGCCGCGGCAAAGAGCUUCAUUUUCUUUCAAAAUACGGGUUCACUGCUGCCUAUGCCGCCACCGAGCCCAUCGCUGGCUUGCCUCACAAGGUCUGCAACGAUUUUUUCAAGAAUUUGAAGAACAACUCUUGCGUCAACGUUGACUUGUUGGCGCUGAGCGAUGAGGCUGAUAACGCGGUGGCCAUGGGCGAUGAUAACAUGACCGACAAGCAGUGGUGUUACGUGUCCAACGAUUGCCCCGUGGCCAGCCUGAACGGGGGCGAUUACGCCACCAACAUGAUGGGCUUCCAGCUCGGUGGGUGGAACAACCUCGCCAGCACGAGCAACUUGUCCUGGAAGAUCUGCGAUCCGGUCGCUGACGCGAGCUACAUGUUGAAGUACAAGACGGUCCAGGAGUUGAUCGACAUCGGCACGGAGAGCGACGUCGGCUUGUCCCGACUUAUUCGGUUGGCUUACCCCGUCGUGGCAAUCACAUGGGCCGAGGUGAGCUUUAAAAUGCAAGCCAUCAACGAUGCUUGGACGACUGGUGCCGACCUGGCCACCCUGGUCGACGGACUUCCGGUUCCGCCCGCCACCUUCACCAGGGCCGCGGAGGUGCACACGACGAUCAGCGACAUCAUAAAAUCUGGGCAGGCUACGAUCCUCGACACGCCGGGUCACGGGGACAAUUUUCACGUGAUCAAAGGCCGCGAGGCGUGGAGCGUAACAAGGAACGGGCUGGGCAACAUGAUCUACCUCAGCGGCCACUUCUCAAUGGAGUUCGACGUGACCUGCCUCAUGGGCUGUGCCACCACCCGCCUGGAGGCCCUCGACCUGGAGACGCAGUGAGCGGGGCGGCGCCCUCUGUGACUGCUGGCGGCAUGCCAGCUCGCAUCUGGCCGGGCGGUUUGGGUGGCCCAGGGUCGAGCAGCACUCGUGCCUGCCUCUGCAAUUCCUUGCCCCAUCUGCUUUGAGUUGGCCCUGGGAGACAGUGUGCAUUGUCCUGGGCCUCCUGCCAAUUCGCGUUUGACUCCUGCUGGCGCUUGUCCGACUCGAAAAGAAUGACCGUUCCCGGGCUGAGAGGUCGUGGUGCUAAUGUGUGCCGUCAGCAUAUGCCAGAGCCGCCUACUGGCAAGGGGGCACGCUGCUCGGUGGAAGUACGCAUCGCGCGAAGGUGCCAGGCAUGCUUGGAGGAUGGAG